AUGGUUCAAAUUGUAUCUGCCCCAAUUUCUCCACCAAUGGAAUCAACCGGUGACCGUUUAAUGACAUUGGAAACCCACGACGGGUUCGCCAUCCAAGGUUACUCCUUCGGUGCUGAAGUUGCCACCGCCGGUGAAGUCGUUUUCCAAACCGGUAUGGUUGGUUACCCUGAAAGUAUCACCGAUCCUUCCUACGAGGGCCAAAUCUUGGUGAUCACUUACCCUUUGGUUGGUAAUUACGGUGUCCCAGACUUGAAGUUAAUGGACGAUGAUUACGAACCAAGCUUACCUAAAUACUUUGAAAGCAACAGAAUCCACAUUGCCGGUUUGGUUGUUGCCCACUACACUGAAGAAUACUCCCACUACUUGGCCAAGUCCAGUUUGGGUCAAUGGUUGAAGAGAGAAGGUAUUCCUGCUAUCUACGGUGUUGAUACCAGAGCUGUCACCAAGAGAUUGAGAGAAAAGGGUUCCACUUUAGGUAGAUUGUGUUUGCUGAAGCCUGACUUGAAGUCCCAACAAAUCUUGGCCGACUGUAACCAACACGACUGGAAGCAAUUCUUUGAAGUUCCUGAAUACGAUGAUCCAAAUGUGAAGAACUUGGUUGCUAAGGUGUCUACUUCCAAGCCAGUGUUGUACACUCCAAAAGACGGUGCUAAGUUGGGUAAGAACGGCAAGCCAAUCAGAAUUGUCGCUGUUGACGUUGGUAUGAAGUACAACCAAAUUAGAUGUUUUGUUAGAAGAGGCGUUGAGUUAUUAGUUGUUCCAUGGGACUAUGAUUUCACCAAGGAAGAAUAUGAUGGGUUAUUCAUUUCCAAUGGUCCUGGUGAUCCAGCUGUUAUGCAUGAUACCGUUGAAAGAUUAUCCAAGGUUUUGGCUGAAGCCAAGACCCCAGUGUUUGGUAUCUGUUUGGGUCAUCAAUUGAUGGCCAGAGCUUCCGGUGCUUCUACUAUCAAGUUGAAAUUCGGUAACCGUGGUCACAAUAUCCCAUGUACUUCCACUAUUUCUGGCCGUUGUUACAUCACUUCUCAAAACCAUGGUUAUGCUGUUGAUACUGCCACUUUAACUCCAGGCUGGAAGGAAUUAUUUGUCAAUGCCAAUGAUGGUUCCAACGAAGGUGUCUACCAUGAAACCAAGCCAUUCUUCUCCGUCCAAUUCCAUCCAGAAUCUACCCCAGGUCCAAGAGAUACCGAAUUCUUGUUUGAUGUUUUCAUUGACUCUGUUAUCGAUUACAACAAGACCGGUGUCUACAAACAAGUUGCCUUCCCAGGUGGUGUUCUUGCUGAAAACAGAGCUGCUCAUCCAAAGGUUGAUGUCAAGAAGGUUUUGGUUUUGGGUUCCGGUGGGUUAUCCAUUGGUCAAGCUGGUGAAUUCGAUUACUCUGGUUCUCAAGCCAUUAAGGCAUUGAAGGAAGAAGGUAUCUACACUGUUUUAAUCAACCCUAAUAUUGCCACUAUUCAAACCUCCAAGGGUUUAGCUGACAAGGUUUACUUUUUACCAGUUACCCCAGAAUUCGUUAGAAAGGUUAUCCAACACGAACGUCCAGAUGGUAUCUACUGUACCUUCGGUGGUCAAACUGCUUUGAGUGUUGGUAUUGCAUUGAAGGAUGAAUUUGAAGGCCUUGGUGUCAAGGUCUUGGGUACUCCAAUCGACACUAUUAUCACUACUGAAGACAGAGAAUUGUUCGCCAAUGCCAUGGCUGAAAUUAAUGAAAAGUGUGCCAAGUCCGAAGCCGUCAACAAUGUCCAAGAAGCUAUCCAAGCCGCCAACAAUAUUGGUUAUCCAUUGAUUGUCAGAGCUGCUUAUGCUCUUGGUGGGUUAGGUUCUGGUUUUGCUGACAACGAAGAAGAAUUGGUCAGUUUGUGUAACAAGGCAUUUGCCACUUCUCCACAAGUUUUAGUCGAAAGAUCCAUGAAGGGUUGGAAGGAAGUUGAAUAUGAAGUUGUCCGUGAUGCCUUUGACAACUGUAUUACUGUUUGUAACAUGGAAAACUUUGAUCCUUUGGGUAUCCACACUGGUGACUCUAUUGUUGUUGCUCCUUCCCAAACCUUGAGUGAUGAAGAUUACAAUAUGUUGAGAACCACUGCUGUCAAUGUUAUCAGACACUUGGGUGUUGUUGGUGAAUGUAACAUUCAAUAUGCCUUGAACCCAUUCUCCAAGGAAUACUGUAUUAUUGAAGUCAAUGCUAGAUUGUCCAGAUCUUCUGCUUUAGCUUCCAAGGCCACUGGUUAUCCAUUAGCUUACACUGCUGCCAAGUUGGGUUUGAACAUCCCAUUGAACGAGAUCAAGAACUCUGUCACCAAGUCCACCUGUUCUUGUUUCGAGCCAUCCUUAGAUUACGUUGUUGUCAAGAUUCCUCGUUGGGAUUUGAAGAAGUUCACCAGAGUUUCUGCUUUGCUUUCCUCCUCCAUGAAGUCCGUUGGUGAAGUCAUGUCUAUUGGUAGAACAUUUGAAGAAGCUAUCCAAAAGGCUAUUAGAUCUGUCGACUACCAAAACUUGGGUUUCAACAAGACUGCUGCUUUAAUGUCGAUUGAUAUUGAUCAAGAAUUACAAACCCCAUCUGACCAACGUUUGUUUGCUAUUGCUAAUGCCUUGAGUGACGGUUACUCAGUUGACAAGGUCUGGAAGUUGACCAACAUCGACAAGUGGUUUUUGAACAAGUUAGACGGUUUAAUCAAGUUUGGUGAAUUGAUUGCUUCAUUUGGCCAAAAGGAAAAGUUGCCAUUGCCAAUCUUGAGACAAGCUAAGCAAUUAGGGUUUGAAGAUCGUCAAAUUGCCAAGUUCUUGGACUCUAACGAAAUGGCCAUCCGUAGAUUGAGAAAGGAUAACGGCAUCAUCCCAUUCGUCAAACAAAUUGAUACUGUUGCUGCCGAAUUCCCUGCCUUCACUAACUACUUGUACGUCACUUACAAUGCUGACAGUUCUGAUGUGGUCUUUGACGAACACGGGGUUAUUGUCUUGGGUUCUGGUGUUUACAGAAUUGGUUCUUCAGUUGAAUUCGAUUGGUGUGCCGUCAGAGCUAUCAGAACUUUACGUGAAAACGGUACCAAAACUAUUAUGAUCAACUACAACCCAGAAACUGUGUCUACUGAUUAUGAUGAAGCUGACAGAUUAUACUUUGAAACUAUCAACUUGGAAAGAGUCUUGGAUAUCUACGACUUGGAACAAAGUGCCGGUGUUAUCAUCUCUAUGGGUGGUCAAACUUCAAACAACAUUGCUUUGCCAUUGCACCGUCAAAACGUUAAGAUCUUGGGUACCUCCCCAGAAAUGAUCGAUUCUGCUGAAAACAGAUACAAGUUCUCCAGAAUGUUGGAUAAAAUCGGUGUUGAUCAACCAGCUUGGAAGGAAUUGACUUCUAUUGAAGAAGCUGAAGAAUUUGCUGAAAAAGUGUCUUACCCAGUGUUGGUCCGUCCUUCCUAUGUCUUGUCUGGUGCUGCUAUGAACACUGUCUACUCCAAGGAUGAUUUGGCUUCUUACUUGGGUCAAGCUGUUGACGUUUCUCCAGAUUACCCAGUUGUUAUCACCAAGUAUAUUGAAAACGCCAAGGAAAUUGAAAUGGAUGCUGUUGCCAAGGAUGGUAAGAUGAUCAUGCAUGUUGUUUCUGAACACGUUGAAAACGCUGGUGUUCACUCUGGUGAUGCUACUUUGAUUGUCCCACCACAAGAUUUAGACCCUGAAACUGUCAGAAGAAUUGUUGAAGCCACUGCCAAGAUCGGUAAAGCUUUGGACAUCACUGGUCCUUACAACAUUCAAUUCAUUGCCAAAGAUAACGAAAUCAAGGUUAUUGAAUGUAAUGUCAGAGCUUCCAGAUCUUUCCCAUUCAUCUCCAAGGUUGUUGGUACUGAUUUGAUUGAAAUGGCCACCAAGGCUAUCAUGGAUAUGCCAGUGACUCCAUACCCUGGUGAAAAGUUGCCUGAAGAUUACUGUGCUGUCAAGGUUCCACAAUUCUCCUUCUCAAGAUUAGCCGGUGCUGAUCCUGUCUUGGGGGUUGAAAUGGCCUCUACUGGUGAAGUUGCUACUUUUGGUAGAAACAAGUAUGAAGCUUACUUGAAGUCUUUGAUCUCCACUGGGUUCAAAUUGCCAAAGAAGAACAUCUUGUUCUCCAUUGGUUCUUACAAGGAAAAGCAAGAAUUAUUACCAUCCAUUGCUAAAUUGCACGAAUUGGGUUUCAAGAUUUUUGCUACUGCUGGUACUGCUGAUUUCCUCAAGGAACACAACAUUCCUGUCCACUACUUGGAAGUUUUAGGUAAGGAAGAAGACCAAAAGUCUGAAUACUCCUUGACUCAACAUUUGGCCAACAACUUGAUUGAUUUGUAUGUCAAUUUACCAUCAUCCAACAGAUUCCGUCGUCCAGCUUCUUACAUGUCCAAGGGUUAUGAAUCUCGUCGUAUGGCUGUUGAUUAUGCUGUCCCAUUGGUCACUAACGUCAAGUGUGCUAAAUUGUUGGUUGAAGCCAUGGCCAGAAAGAUUCCAUUAGAAGUUUCUAACCGUGAUGCUCAAACUUCUCACGGUACUGCUAUCUUACCAGGUUUAGUCGACAUUACUUCCUUCACCACUUCCUUUGAUGAAUUUAGCACUACCACCAAGAAGGCCUUGGCUGCUGGUUUCACUUUCAACUCAUUCUUGCCUCACACUCAAGAAGGUGCCACCGUUACUGACUUCACCAGUCUUGUUGAUGCUAUUGACAGUGCUGGUUCUGGUGCUUACACCGACUACUCAGUUUCUAUUGCUGCUACUGACAACAAUGCUCAAUCUGUUGCCGAUGCUGCUGAAUUAGCUGGUGGAUUAUACUUGCCAUUCCAAGACUUGUCCAACUCUCACAUUUCUGCCAUCACUGCCCACUUUGCCAACUGGCCAACUACCAAGCCAAUUGUCACUGAUGCCAAGACUACUGACUUAGCCAGUGUGUUAUUGUUGGCUUCCUUACAUAACAGAAGUGUCCAUGUUACUGGUGUCUUAUCUCAAGAAGACUUGGAAUUGAUCAAGAUGGUCAAGAACAAGGGAUUACUGGUUACUUGUGAUGUUGCUGUUCUUGCUUUGUUCUUGUCUAGAGACGAAUUGGACUAUGCAUUCUUGCCAACCAAGAAGGAUCAAGAAUACUUGUGGGAAAACUUGGCUGACAUUGACUGUUUCACUAUUGGUGUCUUGCCAUACUUGGUUGCCAAGGCUACUGGUAAGGCUGCUACUGCCGGUGUUGGUAUUGCCGAAACCAUUCCAUUGUUAUUGUCUGCUGUUAAAGAUGGUAAGUUGACCAUUGCUGAUAUCAUUUCCAAGUUCCAUGAUGAACCAUGUCAAAUCUUUAAGAUUCCAAAGCAAGAGGCCCAAGUUGAAAUUGAUUUAGACAGAUUUGCUGUAAUUGAAGACGCUUCCUACCCAGAGUUUAUUAACAAGUUGAGAUUAAGAGGUGCUAUUGAAAGAGUUAACUUGCACGGUGAAACUUCUGUGUUGGACGGUAAGGUUUUGGUUGAUAGUACCAUUGGUAAGAAUGAAGUUAUUCCACGUAAUAGAUUUGCUUCAAUUACUUCAGCUAGCAUUCCACAAUCGCCAACUCUUGGUCAAAAGUCAAGAUUGGCUUCCUUCACAUCCGACAUCCGUCGUCCUUCCUUGCUCAGAGAAACUCCAACUCCACAACCAGAGUUUGAAAGAUUGGGUGCCGAAUUGGUUUCCCAACCAGUUGCUGGUUCCUUAGGUGAAAUCGCUGCUUUGAGUGACUACAUUAGAAAGAACAACAACACUUUCUUGAGAAACUCACUCUUGUCUGUUAAGGACAUCACCAGAUCUGACUUGCAUGCUUUGUUUGCUGUUGCCCAAGAAAUGAGACUUGCUGUUGAAAGACAAGGUGUCUUGGAUCUCUUACAAGGAAGAGUUCUUGCUACUAUGUUCUACGAACCAUCCACUAGAACUUCCACUUCCUUUGACGCUGCUAUGCAAAGAUUAGGUGGUAGAGUUGUUUCUGUUGAUUCUAUCUCCAGUUCCGUCAAGAAGGGUGAAACUUUACAAGAUACCAUCAGAACUUUAGCUUGUUACUCCGAUGCUAUUGUGUUGAGACAUCCAUCUAGUGACUCUGCUGACAUUGCUGCCAAAUACUCUCCAGUUCCAAUAAUCAAUGCCGGUAAUGGUUCCAGAGAACACCCAACUCAAGCAUUAUUAGACUUGUUCACCAUCAGAGAAGAAUUGGGUACUGUCAAUGGUAUCACUGUUACCUUCAUGGGUGACUUGAAGUACGGUAGACCAGUCCACUCCUUAUGUCACUUGUUACGUCAUUACAAUGUCAGAGUCCAAUUAGUCUCUCCUAAGGAAUUGGCUAUCCCAGAAGAUAUUAGAAACUUCUUGAUUGAAAACAAGAUGUUGAAACUCGAAUCUGAAGUGUUGACCAAGGAAAUCAUUGCCAAGUCUGAUGUAUUGUACUGUACCAGAGUCCAAGAAGAAAGAUUCGAAGACAGAGAACAAUACUUGAGAUUGAAGGACACUUAUAUCGUCGACAACAAGAUCUUGAGCGAUGCCAAGCAACACAUGUGCAUCAUGCAUCCAUUGCCAAGAACUAACGAGAUUAGAGAAGAAGUUGAUUUCGAUCAAAGAGCUGCAUACUUUAGACAAAUGAGACAUGGUUUGUUUAUCAGAAUGGCUAUCUUAGCCAUGGUUAUUGGUGUUGAAUUUUAA